CCAGACGUCGACUCAAGACAUCGAAACGUAUUGUCAUUUCACUUGUCGUCCAAUUGUUUGAGCGAUUGGUUUGUGUCCACACUUUGCCCUCGAGUUUGUCACCAAAGACAGUGACUCUAAGAGUCGGACGCUUUGGUUGUAGACAUCAAAUGCUGACAUCGAGUGAGUGAUCGGUUUGUGUCUGUCGUCUGUGCGGAAGUGGUGAUUGAAAUGAUGUCCGAAAUGGUGAGACGACCGCCAGACCCGAGCUCUUCGCCCAAAUCGAGUCCACGCGGCAAUCGGUCGCCAGUGGUUCCCCGACAGGACAGCACCGGCACUCUGAAGACGACCAUAUCGUUGGGCAAAACGCCAGUGAUCGUCCACUCCGGACCCUUCUAUCUCAUGAAAGAACCUCCAGCCGAGAGUGAGUUGACGGGAGCGGCCAAUCUGUUGCUGAAGAACAGUCUCGAGCACUCGUACAACAAGUUCUCCGGACGUAAAGUCAAGGACCAGUUGAGCGCUUUCCUGCCUAACCUUCCGGGGAAUAUAGACAUACCGGCCCUUCAGGACAACAGUUCUCUGCGACUACUGAUCGAAAAGCCUCCCAUCGGUGGCAAAGAACUCCUACCUCUCACUGCCAACCAAUUGCUUGGCUUUCGAUUACACGCCGGACCGCUUCCCGAACAGUACAGGUUUAUGAGUCAAACGGUUCAACGGAAACGACACAAACACAAGAAGAAUAAGCAGAAGAGCGGCGAAACGCCUUCAUAUGACUCGCACUCAGAGGUGUCUGAAGUGGCGUCUCAUGAGAAGAAGCAUAAGAAGCAGAAACGACACGACGAGGAGAAGGAGCGCAAGAAGAAGAAGAAGGACAAGAAGAAGAAGAAACAGAAGCACAUCCCGGACGGCACGGGUGCGGCGCCGCCUAUGGGCUCAUCAGGUGCUCCACUCAUCGGCGGUAAUACCACUCCUCAGCACUCGAACCCAUCCGUCAACGGAAUGCAGAGGCAGUGAACCGACAACUGAACGAAUCGUUUAAUCAUUAAAUUAAUUACUUUUUAUUAUUAUUUAAUUAUUCUUUUAAUAUAUUCUGUUUGAAACCAUAAGAAUCAAAGUCGAGCUCUUGUUUGAGAAUUCCGGACAAAACGAACUCAACGUUCAAAACGUCUGUCAAAUAAAAGCAAAAGAAAGCGUUAAAUGAAUGAAUGAAACAA